CACUUCCGUCUGGUGGUGAAGAGAGCUCUUUCCGUGUGUAAACUUAAUCAUGGCGGUGGGAAAAAAUAAAGGGCUCUCGAAAGGAGGCAAGAAGGGAGUUAAAAAGAAGAUUGUUGAUCCUUUCACCCGUAAGGACUGGUACGAUGUUAAAGCACCAUCCAUGUUCACCACCCGCCAGGUGGGCAAAACCCUCGUCAACAGGACCCAGGGCACCAAGAUUGCCUCUGAGGGACUGAAGGGACGUGUUUUCGAGGUGUCCCUGGCUGAUUUGCAGAACGAUCACGAUGCAGAGAGGUCGUUCCGUAAAUUCAGACUCAUCGCCGAGGACGUGCAGCAUCGCUCGGUUCUCACUAAUUUCCACGGCAUGGACCUGACCACCGAUAAACUCCGAUCGAUGGUGAAGAAGUGGCAGACACUCAUCGAGGCUAAUGUCGACGUGAAAACCACUGACGGAUAUCUUCUCAGAGUAUUCUGCAUUGGAUUCACCAACAAGGACCAGCUUAGCACUAGAAAAACGUGUUAUGCCCAACAUUCCCAGGUUCGUAACAUCAGAAGGAAGAUGGUCUCAACGAUCACCGAUGACAUCGCCAAGAGCGACCUGAAGGGUGUCGUGAGCAAACUGCUUCCUGAUGCCAUCGCCAAGGACAUCGAGAAGGCCUGCCAGGGAAUCUAUCCCCUCCACGACGUCUACAUUCGCAAGGUGAAGGUCCUGAAGAAGCCUCGUUUCGAGCUGAGCAAACUCCUGGAGUUGCACGGCGAUGGAGGUGGUAAGAGUGGAGAGCCUGGUGAGGCUGGCUCCAAGGUGGACCGACCUGAGGGUUACGAGCCCCCAGUCCAGGAGUCUGUUUAAGAUCGACCAACAUUGAUGUAAAAAAAAAAAA